UCGAGUUUCCAAACACGAACCUAAAUCCCGCAAAUUUUCACUCCUCUUGUAGACGACACCACUAUUCUGAAGACGUUACAUCUACCAUUUUCCUUUACCCCAACGCUGGAUUAUUCAUGUACAUAAUACAUAAUGUGUAUCUAUCUGCAGUUGCUUGUUUUGUCGAAUUUUUAUUCCUUUUGUGAUUGAAGCAAUCGAUCGCUUGAAUCAUUGCCCCGAUUUGUUAAGCUAUAACCGACCAUUGAGCUUGAUUGAGCUGAGCUAGGGUUUUGAGUUUCGAUUUCUGCAUUCAAUGGAGUCAGAUGAUGAUAUGCACGACGCCAACGACAUAGAGUCGGUCGACGAGGACUUCUACAGCGAUGGCGACGGCUAUGGCUAUGGAGACUCCGCCAUGGACAGUGAUGCCGGGUUAGACUUUUUGGGCAACGAGUCCGAUGACUCCGAAGAACUCGCCCUUAGGCGUUCUCAGAGAAAUUAUACCGUUUUGAAGGAAGAAGACAUUCGUCAACGCCAAGAGGACGAUAUAACAAGAAUUUCCACCGUUCUUUCCAUCUCAAGAGAAGCAGCAUGCAUACUUUUGCACCGUUAUAGUUGGAGUGUAAAUAAGGUCCAUGAGGAAUGGUUUGCUGAUGAGGAAAGAGUCCGGAAAAUUGUUGGCUUGUUAGAAAAGCCUAUCCGAUUUACCAAUGCUAAGGAAGUGGUUUGUGGUAUAUGCUUUGAUAACUGUCCUCUUGAUAGCACAGUUAGUGCUGCAUGUGGCCAUCCCUUUUGUAUUACAUGUUGGAAAGCUUAUAUUAGCACAUCCAUCAAUGAUGGCCCUGGGUGCUUGAUGCUGAGGUGUCCUGAUCCAUCAUGUGGUGCCGCUGUUUGUCAAGAUAUGAUUGAUAUGCUGGCAUCUAAUGAAGAUAGGGAGAAGUAUUACCAUUACCUUCUUAGAUCUUAUAUAGAAGAUAACAGAAAGACAAAAUGGUGUCCUGCCCCAGGUUGUGACUCCGCUAUUGAGUAUGUUCUUGGGAGUGGAAGCUAUGAUGUUAUAUGCAGCUGCACCUAUAGCUUUUGUUGGAAUUGUACAGAGGAAGCUCAUCGGCCUGUAGACUGUGAGACUGUUGCCAAGUGGAUUUUGAAAAACAGUGCUGAAUCUGAAAACAUGAAUUGGAUUUUGGCUAAUUCAAAGCCCUGUCCCAAGUGCAAGCGACCAAUUGAGAAGUACCAAGGUUGUAUGCAUAUGACAUGUACACCACCUUGUAAAUUUGAAUUUUGUUGGCUAUGCCUUGGUGCAUGGUCAGACCAUGGUGAAAGGACAGGUGGUUUUUAUGCAUGCAAUGGUUAUGAAGCAGCAAAGCAAGAGGGAGUGUAUGAUGAAUCUGAAAGGAGGAGAGAGAUGGCCAAAAAUUCCCUGGAACGAUACACUCAUUAUUAUGAACGGUGGGCUACGAACCAAUCGUCUAGGCAAAAGGCUAUGGCAGAUUUACUUCAAAUGCAAAAUGUACAUCUGGAAAAGCUUAGUGAAACUCAAUGCCAACCUGAAUCACAAUUGAAGUUUAUUAUUGAAGCCUGGCAACAGAUAGUAGAAUGUAGGAGAGUGCUGAAGUGGACUUAUGCAUAUGGAUUCUAUCUUCCUGAGAAUGAGCUUGCAAAAAGGCAGUUCUUUGAGUACUUGCAAGGUGAGGCUGAGGCCGGUCUUGAGAGGCUUCAUCAAUGUGCUGAAAAGGAAUUGCAGAGCUAUCUCAAUGCCGAAGGCCCUUCCAAUGAUUUUAAUGAUUUCCGCACUAAACUUGCUGGUCUGACCAGCGUAACUCGCAACUACUUUGAGAAUUUGGUUAGAGCAUUGGAAAAUGGCCUAUCAGACGUGGAUUCUCAUGGAGCUUGUAGCAAGGUGGUGAGCUCAAGAAAUGCAGCUGGGAGCAGCAAGGUGAAAGGUGGUGCUCGGGGAAAGGGGUCUGGGUCAAGCCAAAACUCGGAUGAUUCAGGUGGUUGGGCAUGUGAUCAGUGUACUUACUUGAGCCCAUGGUCUGCAUCUACUUGUCAAAUGUGCCACCAUCGGCGACCAUAAAGUGUAUAUGGCUGGAUGAAACAAGAAAUACUUGAAGAUAUGGUCUCCAAAAGAAAGAUUAGCAGGUGAAGAUUCUGGAUCUGCACAUCCAAUUUGCUCUAGUGGAAAUACAGAAAUGGAUCUGGCUGAUGUGGUUUGUGUUGGAGGGGCAUCAUGAUAUCCAUGAUUUACUGUAAAUAGUUUUUUAUUUUAUUUUAUUUUUGGUUGUUCAGUGGAGCACUGUUUGACUGCUGUAUAACUCGAGUAAGGAAAUGCAAAUGUGGUAAAUGAUCUCUUGAGAGUAAAAUGUGCAUAACAUGUGCUUAUUACAUUUCUCAACCGGAAAAGCCAGCUACUUGAAAUCAGUGAAGAACUGAUUGCUUUUA